AUGUGGUUGGUUGCAAAAAACAGUUCCCUGCUGUCACCUGAUCUGACACUGAUCAUUUUGCCUAUUUCCUUAAGAAAUUUAAGGGUGUUGGGGUCCAUCGGGCCGAGAACCUCGAUGCAUAUUGGCAAGAAUUCCAUCGAGGGGAGGGCAUUCCCAUAUUUUUUCAUUUUCUCGUCCGCUGCCCUGGCCGCGGCCAAACCGCAUUCUUUACUUGUCAGGUUUACGUAUCGUUCGGCGAGGGUGCCAGGGACCGUAACAUCCCACGCCAAACAUCUGCCGGCUCUCCAAGGUAUUAGCGUGCAUCCGUCCGGUCGCCUACCAUCAUGCGCAGAAAUGCCGGAUGGUUCCUUGAGAACCGGGAUUGAAGCCUUGGAGAAGAGCCGACAAAUGGCGGUGCGCAGGGCUCCGUCAAAUUCGCCCAAUUUAGAAGGGUCAAUGUGUUUAGAUGUACGCAGGAAGUACAUCAAUUUGGGCAAACUGAGGGCAUUGCGGAUAAUAGUCAAGGCAUCAUGGGCCGAAAGACAGGAAACACGACCCAGGCCGAAUUCAAGCUCAGAGAGCUUUUGGUGCUGGGGUCGUAGGCCAUCCUGGCCUCCAGAUGAACCGUUUUUGAAAGAUUUAACGGCCCUCAGCACCUCGGCGGGAGAAACGCAACCAGCCGUUGGUGUCAAUGCGGGAAAGACCCGCCUGUCCACCGGAAUUUUUGGGUGGAUAGAACAUAAUUUAUCGAAGGUGGCCGGCGAGCUCUCCGCCAGGCCCUCCGGCGAGCAGACAAGUCUGACCGCCGAGGACAGGUUUCCCUGUUCAAUACAAGAUGACACAGCGUUGAUCCAUCGAUCGGGGUUGUGCUUUUGUGAUUUGGCAUUAUUGAACCCAUCAAAGCACAGUACCAGGGUUUCAAGACCAAUAGUUGAAUAUUCGCUUAGACGCUUGUUGACCAGAUUGCCCUGGUUGACCCGGCGACCUCCUCUGGAAGUCUUCUGUAAGACGUAUGGGACAAAACAGUGGAGUCUAACCCACUCACACCUGGCGCAGGCCGGUGACCUGUAG